AUGUCAAUGUUGCCCUCUUUCGGGUUUACCCAGGAGCAAGUGGCGUGUGUUUGCGAGGUGCUUCAACAAGGCGGGAACCUCGAGCGAUUAGGCCGUUUUCUUUGGUCUCUUCCUGCCUGUGACCACCUUCAUAAGAACGAGAGCGUUCUCAAGGCUAAGGCUGUGGUUGCUUUCCAUCGUGGAAACUUUAGAGAGCUCUACAAAAUUUUGGAGAGUCAUCAGUUCUCUCCACAUAAUCACCCCAAACUCCAACAGCUAUGGCUCAAAGCUCAUUACAUCGAAGCUGAGAAACUAAGGGGACGGCCGUUAGGUGCUGUUGGCAAGUACCGAGUGCGGAGGAAAUUUCCUUUACCCCGCACUAUCUGGGACGGCGAGGAGACGAGCUACUGCUUCAAGGAAAAGUCCCGAGGCGUCUUACGGGAGUGGUAUACGCACAACCCGUAUCCCUCUCCGCGGGAGAAAAGAGAAUUGGCAGAGGCAACCGGGCUGACCACCACACAAGUCAGCAACUGGUUCAAAAACAGAAGGCAAAGAGAUAGAGCUGCCGAGGCAAAAGAACGAGAAAAUAGUGAAAACAGCAAUUCGGGCGCCAACAAACAAAACCAGCUGUCACCUUUGGACGGCGGGAAGUCGCUUGUGUCGAGCUCGGAGGACGAGUUCUCACCCCCGCAAAGUCCCGACCAGAACUCUGUGCUACUGCUCCAGGGUAACAUGAGCCACCCCGGCGCGUCCGCCUACCCUAUGACCGGUCUUGGCGCCACACAGUCGGUACACGGCAUGCAAGGACACCCGCACCAGCUCCAGGAUUCAUUAUUGGGACCUCUAACUUCGAGCCUUGUGGAUUUGGGUUCUUAA